UACAAAGAAAUGGAUUAUCAAUAGUUAAAGAAUCUACAACUAGUAUUGAACCUCCUGGCACUAUUGCAGACUUUUUUUUAGCAGCAACCUCUUUUUAUGAAUUACUACCUGCAAAUAUUCAAGUUUGUUUUCAAACACAUGGUUCUUUACAGUGGCAUGAUAUAAAAAUGGAAGAAAUCAGUAGUGAGAGGUUACAUCAACAUAUGGAUUCAGUUCAAAAAUCAAUAGUACAACCAUGGGCUUUAGAAUCAAAAUGGGAAUCAUUUCAAAUAGAA